AUGUCUCUCUGUAAAGACUGCACCAUCGCUACCGUCUGGGAAGGUACUCCCGAGGGAAAGACCGUCAAGUACGGUCCCACCGACGUCUACAUCGCCGAGCCCAAGCAAGGCGCGGGGGACAAGUCCAAAGCCGUCCUCUUGCUCACCGACGUCUUCGGGCUCGGGUUGGUCAACAACAAACUCCUCGCUGACGACUGGGCUCGGGCUGGGUAUUACACUUAUGUUCCGGAUUUGUUCGAUGGGGACUAUUUGACGGAUGCUAGGAAGGGGGAUCCCAAGUUUGACCUGAUGGGUUUCAUCGGCGCCCACGGGGAAGAUGUCACCCACAAGAUCCUCGACCCCUUCGUAGCCAAGCUCAAGGAAGACGGUAUCACCUCCUUCGCCGCGCUCGGGUACUGCUUCGGAGCUCGAUACGUCUUCAACCUCUCCUUCACCAACUCGAUCACGGUCGGGGUGGUCAACCAUCCUUCCCUCCUCCGAGUCCCUGACGACCUCAACAAACUCUCUCAGCUUUCCCCGGCUGUGCCGAUGCUCUUCAACACGUGCGAGGUCGACCAGAUGUACCCGGCCGAAGCUCAAGCCAAGGGGGACGAGAUCCUCGGGAACGGAUCCAAGGAAGGAAAGGCGUACAAGAGGAACUAUUACGAUGGUUGUACCCACGGGUUCGCCGUCAGGGGGGAUAUCAAGGACGAAAAGGUCAAGUUUGGAAAGGAGGACUCGUUCAAGCAGAGCGUCGAGUGGUUGAAGAAGCACGACUUUUAA